AUGAAGUUCUCCCUGCUCCUCUCGAUCCUUGCCUCCGUCUCCGUCGGCCAAGCGGCGUCGGACAAGCUCAAGAUCGACGUCACGUCGGCUGUCGAGUGCACCCGGAAGACGAAGAACGGCGACCGCAUUUCCAUGCACUAUAGAGGGACUCUAGGGGGCUCGGGGAAGAAGUUUGAUUCCAGCUAUGACAGACAUCAGCCGUUGGUCUUCAACCUCGGCGCCGGCCAUGUUAUCAAGGGGUGGGACGAGGGACUCUUGGAUAUGUGCAUCGGCGAGAAGCGGACCUUGACCAUCCCACCCGAGCUUGCCUACGGCGAACGCGAAAUGGGCUCGAUCCCCGCCGGGUCUACUCUCGUUUUUGAGACGGAGCUGAUGGCCAUCGAAGGCGUCGAAGGGCCCAAGGUGAACAAUGAAGGCCCGGCCGUGACCAGAAUACCCAACAUGGCUAACUUUGAUGGCGUAAAGCACGAGGAGCUGUAA